ACCGAAAUACCGAAUUCACUAAUUUAGUAAUUUAGUAUUCCUUUUCCUCACUCUUCCUGUCUAUGAUAGUCCGAUUAAAACAGAGUCGAAUUAUUCGAAUUUCGAGUAUAGAAUAUAGAUCGACAAUCAUUGACAUUAUUGACCAAUCACAAAUGGUAACUUGUUGAUUGUUCACAUUUUUUUCCAGCUUCGGCCAUCCGGGCAACUUCCGUCUUCUAUUUAUCGGUAAAAAUUGGAGCCGAUUGUGUAAACUGACUAAACUGAAAUAAUAUAACUCCUAUAUUAUAGUUGAGCUAUAUAACUAUUGACGUCGUUCACUGUUUUAUUGUAUUUUAGUAUCUGUGAGGUUUUAGGCAAACGUAUCAAAAUGGCAACUCCAAACAACAAUAAUGCAUCCGACGAAGAAAAAAUUGAUCCGAUGAAAGACGUACGUGCAGGAAUUGUACGAGAAGUGGGUAGUCAAGCCAUAUGGAGUCUAUCUUCAUGCAAACCAGGUUUUGGUGUGGACCAGUUAAGAGAUGAUUGUAUGGAAACUUACUGGCAGUCAGAUGGUCAACUUCCACAUUUAGUUAAUAUUCAAUUUAGACGUAAAACAGUUGUGCGUGAUAUAUGCAUAUACAUUGACUAUAGACUUGAUGAAAGCUAUACACCUGGUCGUAUAUCAGUACGUGCUGGCACUAAUUUUAAUGACUUACAAGAAGUCGAGGUAGUUGAACUAAACGAACCAUAUGGUUGGGUAAGAAUAAUGACUAAAGAUAUCAAUGAUUCACCAUUGAAAACAUAUAUGCUACAAAUCGCUGUUAUAACCAAUCAUCAAAAUGGAAGAGAUACACAUAUGAGGCAAAUUAAAGUUCACUCACCAGUUGAAAAAAGAGAUCUUCUGAUUGGUAAUUUUAGCACAGUAGAAAUGAGACAAUAUACAAUCAUAAAAUAAACUAUUUUGUUUUAUUAUUUGUUAGCUAAUAUUAUGCUAUGAUAUACUAUGAAAGAUUAGAUUAAAAAUUACAAUUAUCAUUUGGGUAGUUACCUUCUAAAUUGUAAGUUUAUAUUUGACGUAAAAUGUUAACAUUUUGUAUUAAGUUAUUGAAUUUAUUAUUCUUCUUUAUAACAUAUGAAGUUGUUUUAUUAUGAAAUUUAUCAUCUUGACAUUUUUUUAGAAUCCAAAAAAUAUUUGUUAAUAAUAUAUUGUACCUUUUUUUCUGAUUUUUAUAUUUUACAUUUGUACGAUAAUUUUAUGAUGAACAUGACUUAAGUACUCCAAUUCCCUUAAAAUGUUGUACUGUGCCCUUAAAAUAUUAUAGCCAUAUUGGUAAUUUGACUAUUAUAUUAUUGACAUUUGA